CUUGUAAACAAAACAACUCUUCCACUACUACUUCUUCUUCUCCUCCAAUAGCUCUGCCUAUUGGAGAACAAGUAAUAUCAGACAGACUCUUGUGCACGACCGGGCGAGUAAAAAAGAAGGAUCAUACAACCAAACUACAUAUUCUGUUUUUCUUACUCAAUACAGAUAAGCAUCAACCAUCGGAUCAUUUUCACACAGGAAUCAGGUGAAGUCGAGGAUAACAGAUUUCAGUUCUGAUGAGGUAUGUUUAUUAGGAUUAUCCCCCAUGAUGUGGACAAUGUCAGAAACUAGGUAUUUUCCAGUUAGAAGUUUUUAAUCCCCAAAAUUAAAUAAAAACACGGUUUAUUAAGCUGGAGACAAUCCCGACCAUUCUUCCUUGUUAACACCUACAUUUUCGCAAUCUCCCUCUAUCUCUGCUUCUGUCUUUUUGCAGGUAAAAUAAAAAAAAAUAAUCAAGAAAGACAAAUCUAGGGUUUCCAAAAUUUUUUUUCUUUUGUUCUAAAAUUUUCCCGCUCUCUCCCUCAAGCGAACAUUCCUGCUAAUUCCCCUCCUCUGAUAACAAGGGAAUGUAACAGGUUUGAUCGUUUGAAUUCAUCUCAAAGUUUCAAGAGGUACGUAAAUGUGAUAAAGAGAAAAGAAACAAGGAAAUCAUAUUGGUAUGGUUCUGAACCUUUGGAUUAUAUUUGCAUUGUAUAAUUGGAGAGCGGGGAAUAAUUAAGGAGAUAAUUUUCUUCUAUUAAUGGGAUUAUUAGGCUAGUUUAUUUUACAAAUUGAAUUGGUUUGUGGGUUAGAGAGAAAAGACAGAGAGUUUUAUUGUUAUUUGGGGAAGGAAAUGGCGUCAGAUUCAUUGUCAUUUCCUUUGAAUGGUUGGGCUAAAUGCUGCAGCUGCAGCUGCAGUUGCAAUACUCAAAUGUCAACUUGGAAACGUUCUGUCAAGAGGAAAUAUGAACAGAUUGAAGGUAUUACCCUAAAUAUUCCAGCUGAUAGCUUAGAUUACUUUGCUAGGGUUGAGAUUCAAAAUGAAUGUGCAGCUUUACGAGAAACAGUUAGCAGCCAACAAAAAACUAUUCAAGAAUUGUAUAUUGAGUUGGAUGAGGAGAGGAACGCAUCAUCAUCCGCUGCAAAUGAGGCUAUGUCAAUGAUAUUAAGGUUACAGAGAGAGAAGGCAGAGAUUGAUAUGGAAGCAAGACAAUUUAAGCGGUUUGCUGAAGAGAAAAUGGCACAUGACCAGCAAGAACUUGCCGAACUUGAUGAUUUGUUGUAUAAGCAGGAAGAAGCCAUCAAAGCUGUUACUUACGAGGUGCAAGUAUAUAAACACAGGAUGUUGAGUUAUGGUCUCACAGAAGCUGAAAUUGAGGGUGAGAAGGGUGAUUAUACCCUGAAUCAGGAGGAGCAGAAUGAGGAACCAACUGAGGAUCAGAAUCAAAAGGUGGUUGAGAAGUCUAAUUACAGUCAGAGUCAUGAUCAAGAUACUGCUGAGAACUAUGAAGCAGAAUAUGAAUUCCCACCAUACGACUACCCUCCUUUGAGAUGCAGUCUGUAUGAUACCCAAAGUAAUCAUGGUAGUGACAUUACUGAUAUAGAGAAAUACCCUUUUGGUGAAACCCCUCGUAGUGUUCGAGAAAUGCAGGAUUUGGAUUAUAGGAUGAAUCAGUUGGAAAGGAUCCCUAGUAGAAAUCAUAUGGAUGGGGAGUAUCCACCCUCUAGAAACAUGUUAGAGAAAUCAAUUCUUGGUCAGUCCCCUAGGCGAUCUAGGCAUGUUAGGAGGUAUUCUGUUGAUAGCUGUGGUUCGUUCCUUGGGUCAAUUGAGGACUGCAAAUUGGAAAAAGCUACCCCCAGUUUCAAGAAGAUGCACAACUUCUCACAACCGGAGGAGUUUUCUAAUUUAAGAAAGGUUGAUAAUGCUUCAGAUUUUGGAGAUGCAAUGAGUGACAGGGUUUAUACUGUUGAUUCUGUACAUCACGGUGCACGUUAUAAAAGUUUUGGAGAGCCUAAGCCAGCUAUUGGCAUAUGCGAAGAUUAUGUGACCACUCCAAGGGAGUCACUAUACGGAGGUGAUAUGGGAGAUUCGGAUAUCAAGAAGCUUUAUAUGAGGCUCCAAGCACUUGAGGCAGAUAGAGAAUCAUUGAAGCAGGAAAUUAUUUCAAUGAGGACUGACAAAGCACAGUUGAUAUUAGUGAGGGAAAUAGCUCAUAAUCUGUGUAAAAAAUUGCCAGAAAGAAGGUUGUCCAUGAAGAAAUCAAAUAUGACAGGAAAACUUAGCUUUGGGUCUGCAAUGAAGUGUGUCACAUCCUUCAUUUCCUGGAGAAAGAAAGCGCGGAGAAGCAAGUACAUGUUUGGGAAAUCAGCCAGCAACAUUGGCUUACUGUAUCUUCUAGAAAAGGAGUCCAUGAAGCCGCGAAGAUGUCUCAGGAAACUAAAACGUGACCUGUAACUUUGAAAGUCUGAUACCCUUAAAGCCGAUUGCUGAAUUUUACUCACUAUAAUCUAUCGAGAUGAUGAGGUCUCCAUCAUACUCGAAUUGCAAAUUCUUUCUGGAUUUGAAGUUACUGCAAUCCAGAAGUUGUAUAGUUUGCGCAGAAGUACUGAUCUCGGUACUUAUCUGACGUGGUUUAACUUUGAAGAAGCCUGGUUUGUGUUUGGAUGCAUAAAAUUUGAAAGCUGAAAUGUUCGGACUUGCGGCAUCUUCCUUUGUAUGUUAAUAUAACAGUUCAUCAAUGUGGGAAUCUUCUUCUUUCUGUAUAUAUAUUCUUUGGAUUCUUUUAUAACAUUAGUAGUGGAUAUAGGAUUGAGAGAGGUAAUUCUUCUCCUUAGAAUGGCAGCAAUAACUAGCAUUUACUCUAUUUUCAUAAUGUUAAGUUCAAGUUUUACACUAUCGUUAUUUUGAAAAA